AUGCAGACUGUUUCUAUAAAAAUUUGUGAAAGAAUGGGUCGCUCUCAGGAGCUCAGUGAAUUGAAGCGUGGUACCAUGAUAGGUUGCCACCUGUGCAAUAAGUCCAUCCGUGAAAUUUGCUUGCUACUAAAUAUUCCAUGGUCAACUGUUAGUGGUAUUAUAACAAAGUGGAAGCAACUGGAAACAACAGCAACUCAGCCACAAAGUGAGCGGGGUCAGCGCAUGCUGAAGCACACAGUGCGCAGAAGUUGCCAACUGUCUGCAGAGUCAAUAGCUAAAUACCUGGGCAGCACAGUGGCUUAGUGAUUAGCACAACAGUGCAUAGAGAGCUUCAUGGAAUGGGUUUCCAUGGCUGA